AUGGCUGAUAAUAAGCCUCAUAUUCUAGUCCUCCCUUUCCCUGCACAAGGCCACAUAAAUCCAGCACUGGAGUUCUCCAAAUGCCUAGCAUCACAUGGUCUAAAAGUAACCAUCAUUUUAACCAGCCGCGUUAUAAAAUCUGCACAAAUUCCAUUGAAUAGCUCAAUUAAUGUUGAAACUAUCUCUGAUGGCUCAGAGGAAGCCAAGGAAUCAAAAAGCAUCGAAGACUUCUUCAAGCAGUUCAAUGCAGCAGUUUCACAGAACUUGACCAAGUUCAUUCAAGAACGAAGAGAGACUUGCCCGGCUAAAGUUCUAGUGUAUGACUCGAUCAUUCCAUGGGCUUUGGAUGUAGCACACCAGGAAGGUCUACUUGGAGCUUCAUUUUUCACUCAGGCUAGUUGUGUUUGUGCUAUUUACUAUCAUAUACACCAAGGGUUGAUAAAAUAUCCUUAUGAAGAUUCAGAGAUAUUUUUGCCUUCCAUGACUCCACUUGAGGCCAACGAUUUACCUUAUUUUUCCUUUAUCCCGGAUCCAAAUAAUACUGUCGUGAGGCUUCUUGCUGACCAAUUCUCAAAUCUGGAGGCAGCCGAUUGGAUCUUUAUCAACACGUUCGACAAGCUGGAAAGUGAGGUACUUAACUGGAUGGUAAGCCAGUGGCCAUUUAAGACUGUUGGACCAACUUUUUCGUUAACAUACUGUGGAAAGAAACUCAUGACCGAAAAGAACCAUAAGAUUAAUCUAUUUGAACUAAAUUAUGAAGCAAGCAUGACAUGGCUAGACUCGAGAGAAACUGGUUCUGUUGUUUAUGUCUCAUUUGGAAGUGUGGCCAGCCUUAAAGAACAGCAAAUGGAAGAACUAGCACAGGGCCUAAUAACGAGCAACUGCUACUUCCUAUGGGUAGUCAGAUCUUCAGAAGAGAAUAAACUUCCGCAAAACUUCACUUCCAUGGCUUCAGAGAAAGGUUUAGUGGUGAAUUGGUGUCCCCAAACUGAAGUCUUAACUCAUCGUGCUGUAGCGUGCUUUAUGACACAUUGUGGAUGGAAUUCUACACUUGAGGCAUUGAGUUCUGGGGUUCCACUUAUAGCCAUGCCACAGUGUGUAGAUCAAACGACUAAUGCGAAACUUAUUGAGGAUGUAUUUAGAGUAGGGAUACGCACCAAGGCAGAUGAAAAUGGGUUAGUUAGAAGAGAAGAAAUUGAAAUGUGCAUAAAACAAGUUAUUCAAGGAGAAAAAGGGAAGAAGCUCAAACAAAGUGCUGGUAAGUGGAAGGAAUUGGCUAAAGAGGCCGUGGAUAAAGGUGGAAGUUCUGCUACGAACGUUGAAAUUUUUGUUUCAAAACUUCUGAAUCUGUAA